GCGCCGAUAUGGAAGAUCAAACAAGCCAGUACGGGCCAGUACUUCAUUCAUGUAAGUACUUGGAUUGGAAGGGAUACGAGAAACGAUCAUGCGCGUGCGUGAUGCGUGCAGCACUGUAAGCAGCGGAGAAAUUUUGCAAUUUUGUCAGCAGAUUUUAUGAAACUGUAAAUAAAAAAAUGGGAGGUUCAAAAUGCUGUGUUUUAAGUUGUAAAAAUACAACAAACAAUAGUCAAUAUAAGUUUUAUAGGUUCCCAACUAUUCAACACAAAUUAAUACAAAGAGAAAGGUGGAUUUCUAUCGUAAGACAGCAGAAUGGAUAUGAUCGCAAUUGGCAACCUACCACUAGUCAGACAAUCUGCAGUGCUCAUUUUAUUGGAGAUAAAAAGGGAGAAGAAGUGCUCGGUCCCAAUUAUGUACCAACAAUAUUUUCACCAGUUUCAUUAGAGCACAAAUUGAAACAAUAUGCAUGUCUAAAUAGACAUCAACGUUUCAUAAAGCGUUUUGUGCAAAAACGAUGUUUCAAAAAGCGUUUACAAAAACGAUUACAAUUAAUUUUAGGUAAGACGCCAAUCAGUUCUGAGAAUGAACUGCAUGUGAAAUCAGAAAUAGCAGCCAAUUCAAUGAGUGAAAAUGAGUAUAUGUUACAAGAUGAGUCAGUGGCUGGUAAAGGUGGCAGUAAAAAUGAAUUAAUUGUAGAUAAUAAGCCUACCAGUUAUGAGAAUGAAAUCUAUCUGAAAUCAGAAAUAGAUUCAAUAAGUGAUAAUAAGUGUGAUAUGAUACAAGAUGAGUCCAGUAAAUGUGACAAAGCGUGCCAAGUCGAUAUUUUUGUUCAUUGUGAUAGUGUUGAAAGACUUCUGUGUUGCAAUAGGUUUAUUUUUGGACUUAAUUCGUGUGACGCCGAAACUCAAACUGAAAUUAAUGUACCACAAAGUGAAUUAAUAAUAAAUAUCAAAAAAGAAUUUGAUCAAGAAUGUGAUACACCAUCAAAAGAUCUUGUGGAUGCAGCUUUCCGAACUGAUUUUCCAUACAAUGACAAAACUCGUUUUGAAGUGACUUUUAUAAAGGAUGAACAAUGAACAGAUCUCGCUGGUAUAUCUGUUGAUACUUUUAAUUAUUAAUUAAAUAAAAUGAUUUUUAAAAAAAUGUUCAGAUAUCCAAAAAAUUAUGCUAUUUAUUUUUCUGUUAAAAAUAAAAACUGCCUUAACAUUUGCAGCAAUAAGCUCAAUGUUUUCUAGUCAUUGAACAUAAUCCGGUCAACUUAGAUAUCAAAAUAGUUGCCAAAUAACAAAAAUUGCCGGAGAGCCAAAUUUUGGUGGAGAGCUAGAGUUUACCAUAACAAAUAAAGUUUGAAAAGACCCCAUCGAUCCCAUGUGUGC